UAUGUAUGUUACUUGGCAUGUAUGUUACUUGGCAUAUAUGUUACUUUACAUGUAUGUUACUUGGCAUGUAUGUUACUUGACAUGUAUGUUGUUAGGCAUGUAUGUUACUUGACAUGUAUGUUACUCGACAUGUAUGUUACUCGACAUUUAUGUUACUUGGCAUGUAUGUUAUGUUACUCGGCAUGUAUGUUACUCUGCAUGUAUGUUACUCUGCAUGUAUGUUACUUGGCCUCAUAG